AUGAACUUCAACGACUUGAUUAAGAAGGGUGAGGCUGCUCUUGCCGGUAAGGAUGGUAAGAUUGACUACAAGGACCUCGGUGAGGACGCCCAGUCUGCUUACAAGACCUACAACUCUACUGAGGGAGACUUCUCCAAGAAGGCUCAAGCUGUUUACGCCGGCUACCAGAAGGAUGCUGCUGAGGAUGCCAAGAAGCUUGAGGAGUCUCAGAAGACCGAGACUUCCGAGGAGAAGAAAUAA